CAUUUCUCUCUCUCCCUCACUCCGUUCCCUAACCCCUUCUCUUCCUCCCUCUCUCUCUCCCUUCCCUAAUCCUCUCACUCUCUCUUCCCCAAUCCUCUCUCUCUCUCUCUCUCUCUCUCUCUCUCUCUCUCUCUCUCUCUGUGGCCAUAUCUCCAAAUUCGUUUAAAGCGAUGGUAGGGAAGACGAACGGUAGUUCUUCUGUCCUGUCUCCCGCCUGUCGAAUCCCUCAAUCUCCUCUCCGAUUAUUGGGAUUUCCACACCGAUCGAAUCCUCCCUAUAUGGUAAGCUCUCAGCUUCAGCUACACCGUUAUGCAACCGGCCGUGAAUCAAGGGUCAUUACUGCUCUUACCCUUUUGAAAUCUCAUCUUUUUAGUUACCAAGGUUAUGUUAGUGCUGCUUUGGUGCUUGGCGGUGUUGAUUUUACUGGACUGCAUUUGCACUAUAUACCCUCACGGUUCAACUGACACUCUGCCAUUUGCAACCAUAGGUUCUGGUUCUCUUGCUACGAUGGUCAUCUUUUAAGUCAAAAUACAGAGAGGGCCUGACUAUAAGUUUGCUUACUAGAUUUGCAUUUUUCUCCUCAGUCAAUGUUUUGCAUCAUCAUUGUUAUGUUGUCAUUGAGAAAGAACAUAGAAGGCUGUGCCAAAGAGGUAGGGCUUGCAUGGAUGCUUUUCCAGAACAGAGCAGCCUGUAGCUGCUGAGAUCCUUUUGAGAAAGAGUGACACAUCCUCAUGAACCAAGCUAGCCUUUCGAGAAGGAUAGCAAACAGGAGUCUCAGACUAAAUUAGACCAUUUAACAUGAUUUCAUGGUAGAAGCUAUUCUGGUCUU